AUCAGUCAUUCUUUGUGCUUUGUUUACCUGUCCACCAUUUUCUAUUUCUGUUAUGUACGUUUGGUGACCUGUGAGUUGUGGUUGUGAGUAGACAUUUCGAGUGAUGGAUGAUCCAGGAAGAAUGAUGGGUCACACGGGGGGCGGUUUAAUGCCUCCACAACCUUACGGUAUGACCCCACAAAAUGAAGCUUCUGCUGGAAAUGAAAAUGAACCCCGUAAACAGGACAUCAGCGAGAUUUUACAACAAAUCAUGAACAUUACUGAUCAAAGUUUAGAUGAAGCCCAAGCGAGGAAACAUACUCUGAACUGCCAUCGGAUGAAACCUGCAUUAUUUUCGGUGUUGUGUGAAAUUAAAGAAAAAACAGUAUUGUCAUUAAGGAAUACGCAAGAAGAGGAGCCACCAGAUCCACAAUUGAUGCGUCUCGAUAACAUGUUGAUUGCAGAAGGAGUUGCUGGACCUGAGAAAGGAGGAGGUGCCGGAGCUGCAGCAUCUGGAUCAGCGGCGGCACAAGCAGGACAACCAGAUAAUGCAAUUGAACAUUCUGAUUAUCGAGCUAAACUGGCACAGAUUAGACAAAUUUACCACCAAGAAUUGGAGAAAUAUGAACAAGCAUGUAAUGAAUUUACUACACAUGUUAUGAAUCUACUUAGAGAACAGAGUCGUACUAGGCCGAUUACACCUAAAGAAAUUGAACGAAUGGUACAGAUCAUCCACAAAAAAUUCAGUUCUAUUCAAAUGCAGCUUAAACAAUCUACAUGUGAGGCUGUUAUGAUCCUUAGGUCGAGGUUUUUGGAUGCCAGAAGAAAGAGGCGUAAUUUUAGUAAACAAGCGUCAGAAAUAUUGAACGAAUAUUUUUAUUCACAUUUAUCUAAUCCUUAUCCCAGUGAAGAAGCUAAAGAAGAACUUGCCAGGAAAUGUGGUAUUACAGUCAGCCAGGUGUCAAAUUGGUUUGGUAACAAACGAAUUCGUUAUAAGAAAAACAUCGGCAAAGCGCAAGAAGAGGCGAAUUUGUACGCUGCUAAAAAAGCCGCGGGGGCAUCGCCCUAUAGCGGUACUCCCACUCCUAUGAUGUCACCGGCACCGCCACAAGAUUCGAUGGGCUAUUCCAUGGGUUCCGCGUACGAUCAGAGCUCCGCCUACGACGCCAGCAGUUGCGGUUACGAUCCCAUGCAUGCUCAAGAAUUAUCCCCAUAAAUUAUACGAUUACAUACAUACAGUUAAGGGUGUUUUCCGGAUUUAUCGUUUACAUAAAAAAAUGUAUUCAAUAUUGUAGUAUAUUAUUCAUUAGUAUCCGGGACAAAAAGGAGUAGUGUAGAGAAGAGUUGUUAAUGUUAUUAUUAUUUUUAGUAAUAUUACUGUUAUUUCGCUUGUAUGUUUCAAGUUUGGUCCCAAAAUGUGCACCGAUUUAAAAAUUAUGACUUGUAUAAAGAAUCAUAUUAUAUUUGCAAAAAUAUAUGGUUUAAUCACACUGUAUAUAUAGAGCAUUCAAAAGAUAAACCGAUUAACUCUAUGAAAUAAAUUUAGAAUAAGCUUUUAAAGUUUUUGGUUUGUAUAAAACUUUGUUAGUAUUUCAACAUAUUUUGAAUAAACCUAUUCAUUUUCAUUAUUGAAAAACAUGUUUUUUUUCAGAACUAAAGUACAGUAAACUCCCGAUUAUCCGCAACAAAUUGCCCCAAAUAUGCAUUUGAACAAGUUAUAAAUAUAAUAUUUAAAUUAAAAAGACGUUUUACUUGAAAAAUAAUAAAAAAAGAUUCACUGCUCAAAAAUUUGUAGAUUCAAUUCUUCAGAUAUUCAAUCAAAUUAAAUUUUUUAGCACUAUUUUAUGACAACGAGUUGCAGUUCUCUAAAUACUGAAUAAAGUUUUCAAUAUGAACGAAAGCUACAUCGUGGCUCAUUCUCUUUUAUGCCUUAUCAUCUUCAUCGCUCAUUUAUUCAUACCUAACGUUUCUUUUACAAUUUGUUCAUGAGAUAGAUGUUCAAAACCUGAUCAUAAGUGUCACACUCAUUGAUAUUGAUUUCCUCCACUAGCAACUGAUUUCGCUAAAUCAUGAAUAGAAACUAUCUUUUCAGAUUCUACUAAAGAUUUUUCCACACUUGGUAAAAUCUUCCAUAAAGACCUAACUGUUUUCCAGGCACUGUUGCAUUCUCUCUUCAAUCCUUUUUGUCAAUCAUUUUGUUCUGUAUUUCUUUUUAAUUGAAGAGAUUACGCCCUGGUCCAUAAGUUGGAUAAGAGCUGCGACAUUGGGAUACAAAUAUUUUGCAAUAAUAUUACCAUCUUCCAGGUGGAAUAAGGCGUUUUCAAUUAAUAAAACAACUUUCUCACAUUCAUACCUAAUGCUUCUUUUAUAAUUUGUUCUUGAGUUAGAUGUUCGAAGCCUGGUCAUAAAUGUCACUAUCAUUAAUAUUGUCUUCAUCGACAUUUCCUCCACCAGCAACUGAUUUUGCUAAACUUUCUUUUCAGAUUCUACUAAAGAUUUUUCCACAUUUGGCAAAAUCUUCCGUCAAGACUUCAAUAAUGUUGAUUUCUGAACUGACUUCCGGGCACUGAUCCACUCUCUUUAAUCUUUUUGUCAAUAAUUUCGUUCUCUAUUUCUUCUUAAUUGAAGAGAUUGGAUAGCAAGGUUGGAUAAGAGCUGCGACAUUGGGAGGCAAACAUUUUGCAAAAAUAUUUCCAUCUUCCAGGUGGGAUAAAGCGUUUUCAACUUUCUGGGGUAAAUUUUGAGACUCUAAAUGCACUCUAGCUUUGGGGAAUGAACAUUUCUUCAAAUCAUUUCUUAAAUAUUGUUUGGUUUGUCCAAUCUCAAUUUUGCAAAAAUAUUUUUUCUCUUCCAGGUGGGAUAAGGCGUUGUCAGCUUUCUGGAAAUUUUGAGACUUAAAUGCUCCCUAACUUUGGGAAAUGAACAUUUUCAAACCAUUUCUUAAAUAUUCCUUGGUUUGUCCAUCCUUUAGUUUAGUAGUAGCAAUAUACUAGGAGGUUCUCAGCUCAUGUUUUUAGGAGUUACCGUAUUCUAGUAACAAAUAGGUUAGCUAUGGAGCUAGUCAUCUUGGUCACUGAAAUAUAUUACUUUAUAACUCAAUAUGAAAAAUGGAGUUAAUCGGAUUAUCUUUUGGUGAGCAGAAUGGUAAACAUCACAAGAGCAGUUUAGUGAGCUCCAGGAUAGAAUAUUAGGAAAAAAAGUGAUGUAGACAACUCCAAGUUGAAUAGAUUUUAGAAACCGUAAGCUCUUUUAUAUUUGUAAGUAGGAAAUUAAUUUGAUUUAUAUACUAUUGAAGAUAUACAGUUGUGUUUGUUUCAAUCCAGUAUCACAAAAUUAAUUUUUAUUUCAACCCUCACUUGAUAAACUUCAAAAAAAUUAAAUUAGAGGGCGCGGCAAGCACUAUUCUUAGCGGUAUCAUUUGAAUACAUAAGAUUUAAAAUGUGUCAAUUGAGGGUUAAUUUGAUAGUUGUAUCAAACUGACUUGCUUAGAAUAAAUAUUAUUCGACUUUGACAACUUUUCUCUAUAUAUCAGAAAGAUUAUUCGAUAUGCCGGAAAACGAUCUUGAUUGAUAUUUCGCUCUUUCAAGAUACAUAAGUAUACUAAAGCUUGUAUACCGAUUUCAAUGUAUACUACUUUUUGUAUUUCGUGCAAUGUCUGUGUAUUUAUCAACUUGUGGCAGCUACCAAUCAUUUUUUAUGUUAACGCACAUAUUUACUACAUUUUUAUGUAGUAUCUCUUGUUAUAUAUACAUUUAUUUUUUAAGUAAAAUAUACAUUAUUGUAUGUAAUGUUUGUACUAAUUUUUGUUGAUUUUUGAAUGUUACCUAUAAACUAUUUUUCCAAAUAUUCCGAUAAAUAUCUCAAUUUUACUCAAAAAAAUCCUCCAUUAUUAUAUUGUUAUUAACUUUUUUUAACCAAAAAUCAAAGUUUCCAGUCAACUGUUGAUAUUUGAAUAGUUUUGCCAUCCAAGCUUUUCCAUAUUAUAAACCUAAUUACCUUGACAUUCAAUAUAUUAACAUUAUAUAGAGGAAUUAUGCACCUAUAUUAUACCCUCAAUUAAAGCUGAUCUCAUCACAGGCCUAUAUACAACGUUCGCCAUAAAGUUCUAGAAUUUCGUCCUGGCAAUUUUUCCAAGCCAGAAGUCGUUUUUUCUCUAGUGCACUUAUGACACUGGAAGUCUUCCAAAAAUAUUGAACACUGCAGCAAUGUCCUGUAAGGAAGCCAGUGAAAAAAUGUAGUAGGUACUUUCUGGAGUCGUCCAGUUCUGGCAGAAGGGUAAUCCUCUAGUUAUAAUUAUAUAGAGCGAUUAUAACCUCUAUUGUGCUUCCAAUUAAAGCUAACCUCGUCACUGUAACUUGAAUCGCUCGAAUAAUCAUGUGUCAGUGCUUCUUGACAUUUCCCGAUGGUUUUUGAUAAGAUUUCAUAACUAGAUGAUCUAGAAUUUCCUCUUUUACCCCAUAGAACCUGCAUUCCACUGUUUUUGCUAGACCUAACCUCAUAGAUGUUUCCUGAUUCAAUAAUGUUCUGUAAGGAAGUCAGUGGACAGAUGUUGUAGGUACUUUUUGGAGUAAUCCAGUCCUGGAAGAAGAAUAAUUCUCUUUCAUAUUAUUCCUUCAUCUGAAACGCUUUCUUGUAACUGCAUUUUUCUAUAUCACAAUAAAGUUCCGGGGCAAUCAAAUUCUUUUGCACUACUUUUCUGGCAUAUAGGAUACAGUUUUGCCAGUGAUGGAAAAGGGAGUUUGUUCAUAUCAACCAACUCCUAUUGAGAAUAAAAUUGAGUUAAUAUCUUGUAGAUCAUACACUUGAACAGUUUUAUGUUUGUGUUUAAUGUAGGAUGUCAUCCACACUGCUACGUCCCACAGGAUCUAUUGUGUCGACUUUUAUUUCUACAGCACUCCCAUACUCCCAGGUAUAAUCCUCUGGAGCAUCGUAGUGUUCCAUAGAUAUGCUGUAGGUUCCCAGGAGUAGUUUUUUGCCUGCCUUAACCCCUGUAGAUUAUUCCACUAACAAAAUUUUUCACUUUCUACAUACUUUUCUAAUAUUCCAUCUAUUGCCCUGUAGCAAAAUAAGAAAAUUUCAGGUCCCUCGAAGGGUUUAUCUGUCCCUACUUUGGCAAGAAUGCCUGCUUUUCCAAUUCCUUUUACCUCAGUGUAUUUCAGAACCCUUUGGAGGAUUUCAUUUUUUAUGCCAACUCAUUCAACUUGUCCAUUUCCAAACCAGAUUGGAUCUUACGACAUUAGAGCUCACCGCUCUAAUAGGACAAGAUGAUAUUGGAGCUCACCGCUCUAAUAGGACAAGAUGAUAUUGGAGCUCACAGCUCAAAUACGACAAGAUGAUGAUCUCUUGUUUUAAAUAAUUUCUUUUCAGUUCUGGUGUAUAACUUGAGCUCUCAUAGUGUUUGGUUUUAGGCCCGCACACUCUUAUUUCAAUUUUCGAUCCAUUCAUGUACCAUUUGAUGGAAUAAUUUGAUUACUUAGUUUUUGGUUCACAAAUAUUUUUUAUUGAAUGCAUCAUGAAAAACUUUAUUCAUUUAAAACACCAAAAUUAGAAGUUGAUACGUGUCAAACCCCCAUUAAAAUUAGUUCUUAUCGACAUUUUUGUCCAUAAAAAUAGUAAAUAAUUCAACAAAUUUGAUGAUUAAUAUCUGUUAUAGAAUUUCAUCUCUCUUUAGAUUAGACUGAUAUUAACAUGUGUUCUGAAGACACCAUUCUAUAUAACGACACUACCACUCAUAGUUACACUUUUUGGUCCUUCGAGCCGGAUUUAAACCUAUAGAAGGCUCAAAGGACCAGGCAGUGCUGUUGUAGUGGUAGUAAGUAAUAUAAUAUUGGUAUUUUACACGAUUUUCCUUAUUAUUCUGAUAACUAAAAAGUAGAUUGAGUAAAAAAAAUUUAAUCGGAUAUUUGGUAUGAUUGUAGUAGAUAUUUGGUUCGUUUCGACUUUUGAAUUCUAAAAUUGGUGCAAAUAUUAUGUAAUACCUUUUUAGGAGGUUGUAUACAAAAUAUUAGUACGAGCAUGUAUGCAUUAUGUUACAAAAUAUUGUUUAUAAUUAUUAUUUUUUUAGUUUAGCUCCAUAAAUUAAAUCGUUGCUAUUUAUUGUUAAAGAGUAAUAGUAACUUGAAAUUAUUAGAAAUCAGUAUCGUGAUUAAAUAUAGAUUGACAAUAUAAAUUAAAUGUUAUUAACAUUGCUUGAUAAAAUUUGUAUUUAUUUUUUAAUAAAUACAGAAUGUCCUAAAAGUUGAUAUUUUAACAGAUCUACUGUAUAUACCUCAUAUCGGACAUAAGAGUCUUGCUGGUAUAAACUUACUCUAAUGUUGUUGAAAAUUGUAUUCCCACCAGAUUUUUUCAGUAGCUCUAAAUAUGUACUGGGCUCCACCAAUAAAUUAUCCCGAAUCCUUAUUAUUCCAUUUUACAUUAUUAAGAUGAAGGUUUUUGAUUAGUAUUACUUUUUAUUCACCAUUCUGUAGAUUCUUCUUAACCCAUGAGAAUUCAAAUAAUUUUUUUGCGCUUUUUGUCAACUUUAACUAGUUUUUUCACCAACACGUGUUGCCAAAUGGCGGAUUUAAUUAAGUACAGAAAUUUUAUUAAAAAUAAAUAAACUUAAAAAGUAGGAUUGCAUUCUAAACAAAAUCCUACAUUGCACUUUUUACACAUUGUCCUCAUUAUAUCGCAGCAUCCUUCACCUAUACAUAUUUUCUUUUAUCUGGCACACUUAUCAGAAUGUGGUCUCUGAUGUUAUCGCUUAUAUGUAUGAUUUUUUUUUUCAAUUUUUGAGUACUAUUUUAUCUAACCAAGUUGUUGUCUAGUAGCCAUCUAUUUAAUAAAACCCUCUUCGUUCACUCCAGCAUAGAUUCGUGCGCUUCUCUUUUUAUAUCGUUUACUCAUGAUCUUUUUGUUGGGCAACGGACAGUCCUUUGGAAUCCUAUUAUCGCGGAUACUACUUGCUCCUGUAAAAUCAUUCUCCCUAAGGUAGACUGAAGUUUGUAAAAAAGUUAUGAAAGAGGAAGAUGAUGUAUGGCAAGUGUUUUUCCUUUUGCUAUUUCUGUUAACAUUGAACAACUAAACAUCAACUUUUGGGACACUCUGUAUGAACGAUAAGAGGAAAAAAUCGUGUUGUAUUAUAAAUAUCGACAAUCUGCUUCCCCUUUAUUAAAACUAUGAAAAAUUGAACUAUAUUUUUGGAAAUAUUUUGCAUUAUUUAGUGUCAUCUAAUAAAUGAGCGAAAAUUGAGCGAAUUGAUGCUUACCAAAACGUACCAUAGUUCAAACCCAGUUCCAGGUAACAACGGAAAUAAAAAUUUGGCACGCAACCUAUCGGACGCAAAUGACAAGCUACCAAUAUAUUCUGCCUGGUUCUGUUUGUUAUUUAAAUAAAUAUUACUACACAAAACAAUGUUUUAGAAACAAGAGGGUUGAUGGUCUAUUUAACAAAUUAUUAUCAAAAUUAUUGUAGUUUUAAAAAUGUAUAGUCAACAAGAAAAACUAUAGUAUACGGAUUUUCAGAGUUUCAAUAAACAAAUUGCCAAAUUAAUAAACUUAAUAAACAAUGGAUGUAUUUGUUAAUAAGAAAAAACUAAAACAAAAUGAAGAUGAACCUAACAAUACUAAAAUAGACCAAAAAUAAUUUUAAUUCCAUGCCGGGGUACCCUACGUUUACUAUGGAAUAGAAAAUAAUAUAUUCAAUGUUUUUUGUAGACACGGUGUAUACGAAUUCAAAGUAACUAAUGGUUUAGUAUAGAAAAAAAGAUUUUUUUCUCUUGUUGUUUUUUUAAUUUUAUCCGUUUUCGGAUAUUUAUAGCUAUUGUGUUACAGUAUUUUAGUAGUCAUCCAUAUUUGUUUAUUUUUAUGGAAUAUUACUAAUGUGGAGUUGGUAAUUGGACAGACUAGAAAAUUUUAUGUCGUGAGUUUUUAACAAUGAUUUACCUUAAGGCAAAAAUCUGUAUUUUACAUUAGAAAAUAAAGGAUCUUAAAUAAGAA